AUGGGACCUGAACAUCUGGGAUGUGUAAGACUAUAUGGAAUUGGGGUUACAAGAACUUCCUUGAAGAGAAUAAACAGUAGUUCUGAUCCAACCUUCAAAACCACCAAUGAUGUCGUGCAACAAAUGCAAGAAAGGAUGCAAAAAAUAGAGAAUCAAAUUGAGGAACAAAAGAGAACCAUUAGACAAAAAGGUAAUGCUGAUGUAAUUUCUCAAAUUCAGACUAUAGGAUUAUUGGAUCCUAAGAUGCUAGCGACAUUUUCCAUUCCUUUGUCAAAAGAUUCUAUCUCUAUACUUGCAGAUACUGGGAAAAACAGUCUAAACAAUCAAGUUUCUCAGCCAGUGGUUGCUCAGCCUGCUACUUCUAUAAUGAAUUUUGAGUAUGGAAGAGUUCGUGCUGUAAUCGGGGUGGGCUUUCCCUUCCAUAUAUCGACUCAAAGUUUGGCCAUUGCAAAUAGGUCUUUUGCUGAAGUUUUGGAUUAUGCUAGGGCAGCUCUUCAGACUAUUGAUGGAGGUCAUUCUAGUGCAAGUAUUCACACUAGUAAGGGCAUUGGUCAUUCUUUUAGAGGAUCAUUUUUUGGUCAGUCUAGACGUGGUGGUCAUUCCAGCUCAGAGUUUCCCCCUAUUAGAGUAGUUCACCCCUCAGCUAGAGGUGGUUCUCAUGGUCGUAGGGGUGAUUUCCAGGGUACUCGAGGAGGUUCUCAGACAGGCGGGACAGGAGGUCGGUCAGGUGCCCAACCCGGUGGCGGGCGUGGUACUGAAGGAGGAAAAACACUCGGAGUCUACGGAGUACCAAAAGAAGAAGUAGGUACAACUAGAGGAUCCAUACUUAGGGCUGGAGGAACACCACAAAUCAACUCUAGCACAGACGGGGGACCAACACUCGGAGCUAGGAGAUCACCAGGCACACUCAAAGGAGCACCCUCCAAAUGGGUUAACAAGUAA